ACGUGCCCCUGCUUCGUCUGCGACGGUGUGUGCGGCGGCGAGGCGCGGCUUGACUUGGGUCUGAAGAAACCUGAAUCAUCCCAUUUCUCUUCUCCCCCCCCCCCCUCCCUUUGCUUCUGACCUUUUUUUUGAAUUCUGAUUUGUGUUGUUGUGUUGUGUUUAUUGUUUUCUAUCCGUUGUGACCUUGUCAAUCGCUCGCUCUUUCAUUGAUUGACUUUGUAAGUUUGGUGCUGCCCGGGCUUUGGACUCGGCGGUGCUAUACCUAUCGUCACGGCUUCUCUUCUUGUUCUGCCCCGGGCAAUCAUUCUUUUACUGUCCCUUUGACUGAACGACUUUUAAUACCUACUCGACAUAUCAUCUCCGAGAUUUAAUCGCUAUUGUCGAACUGUUAUAUCUGUCGCUCUUUACAACUGGACCGUAAAAACUCAUACACAGCUGGACUGUUGGAACAUUCACUCACUACACCAAAUCGAAUUCCGAAAGUUAUUGGGGAGCUUGGAUCAUCAUGAAGUUGUUGCUUUGGCUUACCGCCGCCCAUGUUGCGCAGGCCGCGGGAAGACAUGGGAUAAUGAAAAAGAGGCAGGCAGAGGUUGAGGGGGUUGCACAUGCACUCAAGUUCGAAGGACUGAGGUUGUCUUAUAUCACCGAAACUGAAACUGCCACUCAAAAAGUUACCGAGACAGAGACGGCGACUGUUGUUCAGACUGUUCAAGGCGAGGCUGAAGCUGCUGCUGGCGAGGUUGUGACUGUUACCAUCAACGUACCUCCAGUUACUGUCACUGAAACCAAGACUGAAGUCGUCAACCAAGUCCAAACUCAAUAUGUCACUCAGGUUCAGGUUAUGACUCAAUAUGUUACCCAGGUCGUACCAGCACCUCCUCCUGUCGUUGAAACUAUUACUCAGGCUCAACUUGUUACAGUGAUCAUUCCAGGAGAAGCACCAGCGCCUGUUACUGUGAUCCACACCGUGCAAGCCCCCGCAGAGUCUGAUGAUGCUCUUGGUCGAAAGUUCAACCCUGGUGUCACUACGAUCCCCAUUCCCGAGAGCCUUUUGCCCAAGACGACACUCGCAUCGGAUCCCUUUGCUGUGGUUGGACCAAUCAGAUCGGAAACUAUUGUUCCUCAGCAACCUUCCAGCAUCGUCAACCCUGUUGAGAAUCCUGCCCCCACGGCGAUUGCUCCUCAAGAGCCCAGUUCUGUUGAGCAGCCCGCCACGACUCAGGUUGCACCAGUAGAACCUAGUUCUAUUGAGAAGCCUGCGACGACACGACCCGUAGUCUCCGAACAAUCUACUGCGUCUGCUGCGCAACCUGCUACGACGGAGUCCACCGCUCCUCAGCAGCCUGUCAGUUCCAUCGAAGAACCCAUGGUUGAAGCUUCCUCCACACAAGGAGGACAACAGACAUAUGCUCCUUCAAUGGAACUCGGCAACAUGGGCCCCGACACCACAGGAAGACUCGCACAGCCCGCUCUCGACGGAACCAAGCCCACGACGACUGCCAACGCCGAGUCAGCUUCCAGGACACGAGCCCCUAUCGACCUGUCCGACCCCUCAAAGCUCAGCAGCGCGCUCAACCUGGGCAACUUGGUUGGAGGAAACGGUGGCCUCAAGGCUCGCGCCACUGGCACGCCAUGAGUCUAUGGUUGAAAUGCGUUGGAGACGAUGAUGUGAAUGGUAAAAACUUUGAGACGGACUUGGGGGUUUCUUUCGAAUGGGCAUUCGUGCUCGUAAUGUUGUAGCUAGUCUUAUAAUAAUGUGAGCAAGUCUCCAGAGCAUACCAGUCAGCUUGUGCAUCUAUCUAUGGGUAUCAUGAUGCCAUGCUGUCUACCUAUCCGCGUCCCAGAGCGCCAAUCUCAAAUUUCUUAUUCCUUCUCACUUGCUGCAUUUCUCGUGGCCAGCUUCAUCUUCUUGGCCUGCCGUUUACUGAUCUGCUGUGUAUCCUCCUCGCCAGUCUUUCGCUUUUGAUUCUGAUUCUGGCCCUUGCCCUUUGCUUUUUUUCCGUCCUCAUUUUUUUCCGCGCCCUUUUCUUUCUCGGCCACUUCAACGAUGUUGAUAACACCCUUGAAACCAUUCCUCUUGAUGCCCUCAUUCACCACAACAGAUCGAGGCACUUCACCAAAACCUUGAAAGCCUUUCUCAUUGCUUAACCCUCCCAUAAAAUUGAGCAUGUUUAUCACAUCGGCAGGCGCUCGUAAAGAUAGCGCAUUCUUGGCUUCGCUGCUAAUCAUGAUGCCCCUGCCGCGUGUCGCCCGGAUGAGACUUUGCAAGUUUGAGAUAAACCUUGGGCGCCCUCGGUCAUCGCCAUUGAUUACUUGGCCGUAGCAAACCUCAAAGCGGAUGCCACGGUUAAUAGCAGCCAUGCAUGGUUUCGGCUUAAGAUGAAAUGGCAAGUCCUGCGUCAAGUCGAGUGAUAUGAUGGGUACGUCGAGCGUGAGACAAGCAUUCUGAAAAGCCUUAUCCGUCAGUGGACGGGCCGCGAUGAUGUCAUAUGUCGAGAUGAGCGAUGGGAUGCGGUAGUUGUUUGCUGAAGGGUCUGAGAGAGGAAGAGUCGCGCGGUGGAGGAUGUUUGGAAGCUUGGAGCCUGGCUUGGGUUCUAUCGUUGGGAAGGGCGCGGUGUUAUUGGCGGGAAGCGGUAGCGUGAGCGUGUGGUUCAGCGCGACGGUUGAGUACCCGAGUGUCGAUGCGCGAGUGAGUGUUUGGAGAAGCUGUUCAUCUUUGGUCGUUGGUGACCAGGCGAUAUUCAGAUCGUAAAGCAUGAUGAUGGAUUGUGGAGGUUUAUGGAAAGCUUUGCGUAGGAAGCUAGCAUUUAC